UCUGUGUGUAUUUGAGCCAUGGGCGGUCCACUGAGAGUGGGCUACUUUAGGAGCAGAACCUGUCUCCGGCUGAAGCAGAAAACUGGCCAACAGUGAGCAGCAGAAGCUAACUAGGUACAGCAAGAAGAGAGAGAAGCUUCCAAGAAGCAGAGGACAAGGAGGCUGUAUCUGCAAUCAGGCAGGACACAAAAAGAAGAAAAACACCUGAACAAUUCCUACAAAUAUACCAGAUCUUCUAAGUGUUAUAAAAGAAGCUUCUUGCCCUCCUCUUCGCUGACCAUGGACCGCUCGGCGCAGGAACUGUUUCUCAACUUCAUGAUCGUCCUCAUCACUGUGCUUCUGAUGUGGCUACUGGUGAAAACUUACCAGGACUGAAGCAUGGAGCCACGAGGCGGCAGGAAAGCAGGAAGCGGAGGGAACAAAGGGAUAGAUGGAGAGAGCUCGUUCUUGCCAGAUGUCUAAAUUCAGCGUUUACAUUUUCUUUUUUGAGUUGUUUUAGUCUAUGAAAUCAUAAGAGGAUAUGCACAGUUCCAGUAUCUGUUGUCUGAGAUACAUGAAGUUUAUAAAAUUAGAAAAAAGGUGAACAGGCAUUAAAGAGAAGGGAGUGUGACAAAAAUAAAAAACUAUGUACAAGCAGCAUAUGUCAUAAACCUGGUCAUAUAAUAUUAGGUGCACUAAGGUAUUUUUGCCAUCUGUUUGUUGUAUUGACGUUACGUAUGCUUAGUUAUGUUCCUUAAACUCUUCCACUUGAGGGUUUUUGUUUCAUUACGCCAGCUAGUUAUAUCUCAUUGAUGAUGUUUUUUCUGCUUGUUCUUUCUUAAUCUAGAUUUUAUUAUUUUUAAAACAGUGUGUUUUGUUUGACGGGUACAGACAGAGCAGAUAAUACAGAUCAGAUCAUUUUUAUCUGCCAAAAGCACAAAAACUAGGACAUGCAUAUCACAUGACAGUGAUGGAGCAAAAUAAAAGCAUGCUGUCUAAUGUCAA